UUAUUCUCUUGUAUGAGUGGUCAAUGUUGAUUGAAUGGCAUAACUCUUGAAUAGUGAAAAUGUAAAAGAGUAAAAAAAGAUUUCAUUUAUCCCAUUUGUGAAUUGCACAAGUCAACUCACCUUGGCCUGUUUAUGUGAGCUUUAUGAGAUAAUUUGAAUGAUACUGGUAAUGCCGUUCCCUCCUGUUGUCUAUAAGAUGUUCUUAAAGCAGCAGAUUCUUGGUAUACUGUGGUAGCACCUCCCAUAUCUGUUUUACCACCACAAUGAUAAUUUCUUAAUAAGACUGGAUUUUAUGUCUUUGGGGAAAUAUAUAUCAUGCUGUAUGUCUCUGCCUAAAACAACCAUUUGUCCUGUAUUUAGAAAGUGCAGUAUACCAAAAUCUGCUUUACAGAGUAGGAGUUGAAUACUCCCAAACUGCAGGCGCCGCAGACACCUCAAAAUUCAAAAGUGAAGUUGUGUAAACUCUUAACCAUAUGCAUUUUAUUUUUCUCCCCCAUAUUGGACUUUCCCCUGUUAAACUUCUCUCUGUUAUUUGUGUGUGUGUAUGUGUGUGUGUGUAUGUGAUUUUUGUAGUGAAGAAGGCAAAAGCAGCCCCCUCGUUGAUGGCUGAAAGUGGUCCUCUGCCUGCCAACAGGGGAUUAUAGGCAUUUUCAAAGGCCAGCAAGCAUUCAAGUCCCCACCCCACUCUUUUUGUGUCCUCUUCUCUUUCUCUGCCUUCUCUUUCUCUUUCCUUCUGUCUAAUUUAUCUUUUCUAGGUGGUUUAGAGUAUAAAGGUCAGAUAUCGUGGACAUACCCUGAAACAGUGGUCAUUUUGCAUUGUUUUGCAACACUUCUGAAUGCUGCUUAGCCAUUCAUUUCAUGGCUACAGCAUCUCCCUAACGGUUAAGGCUGGCAGUAUUCUUUAUUAUUUUUUGUUAACAAAUCCCAUGAAGACCAAAAGACCAUUAAAUGUACGUCAGUGAGCCACACCUGUGCACUAGAUCACAUGUUUGUCCAUUAUAAUGAAUGCAGGCCCUAGCACAGGCAUCGUCCUGCACCAGGUAAUACUAGCUAGCACACCUAAUGUAUAUUAAUCCGCCACUGAAAAUAGUCCCUAACCAGGUAUAGAAGUAGAAAGUAUUGAGAGAUGGACUACCAUAUUGUUGGUGUUGGUAUUUUCAUGGGAUUUGUUGACAAAAACCAAAACGUUGAAUCUCACCAGCCCUAUCCGAGAAAACUAUGUAAAUUAAGUCUUGGAAGAAAAAGCUUUCAAAAGCAUUUAUUUUGGUAUGGUGGCAAAAAAGUUCUACAAAGAUGCUGGGUGUGAAUGAUUACAGAAGACACUGCACAGACAUACUUAACCAUAUGUGAGCAGCUAAUUUUGGGACUUAACAAAGGGAAAACUAGUCAGUUAUUGGUUGUCUUACAUAAUAGUCAUACUGAAUCUCAUCAUAAGUUGUCUUAGAUGCCCACCUGACAUGACACAAUGUUGGUAAAAUAUAUUCUCUUUAACAGUGGUCUUCUUUUGUUGUUGUGUUUUACAGUUCUUUUUCCUGGCUCAGCCAGUCCUGUAUACCAGGCCCUGCUGAAAAUACCAUCCAACAGUUUUGUCUCCUGCAGCAAUUUCUCUUCAGUGUGCUCUUUUAUUUCAAUGUUGUCAUUGUUGUGUGUUCGUAUUAAGGUCAUGUAUUUUUGUGAAAGAGUUGUUUUUGGGCUGGAUUUACUGUGUGAUGAUUAUAUGGUGUUUUUUUUGUUAAUUUGGGCCAUUUUAAAAAUAAAAUCAAGGGCAUAUUGCAAAUAAAGAAAAUAAAAAUUGGUAGCGCAGAUUAAUCAAACCAGGUUUGCUGCCUUGGUUUGGUUAAUUGAUGCGGUGGCAGGUAAGGAUACUAGAAUAAUGAUGUACAGCAGACACGCUACCCACCCUGAAUUCUGCUAUUGUCAUUGAGUAUAUCUGACAUUUGUGUUUUUGGUAAGUAGACACUGAUAGCUUGUAUAGUGUUCUUGCCAAAUCCCUAAAAUUCUCUCUGUUGUGUGUAUCUCGAUUUUUCUCUGUGUGCUUUUAGUAGCGAAGCCGCCAACGUGAGUCGCUUGUUUCAGUAAACGUCUAAAUGAAAAUUGAGGGCACACCCAACUGGAGAAGCAGCUGUGCUUGCUAACGUUUGGUUCAUGACUUAAAAAACACGUUCAGGAUCUAUUCCAGAUGAGGCGAAAGCUUUGUCACUGUUGGCGCCAGCAAACGCUGUUGCAGGAAUUCUGCCAGGAGGAGGACUUCUUCCGACGCCCAAUCCCAUCUCCAAUCCAGCUAUGGGAAACCCUUUUGGAGCUCCGAACAUGGAUGCAAUGGCUGCAUUUGGAUUCCCAGGAGCCAAUAUGAACCCCCAGGCUGCUGAUCAGCUGUUAAAGUUCAUGACAGAUCCGAAAUUGAAUCCUUUGGCUGCAGGAUUAAACCUGAGUGCGAGCCUGAAGGCUGACGCAUCAAAUAAAGAGAUCGAAGAGGCCAUGAAGAGAGUCAGAGAGGCCCAGUCGCUAAUUUCUGCUGCUAUUGAACCUGGAAAUAAGGAGAGCAAAAAGGGGCAAGCUCAGUCCCGGACCAGGUCCAGGUCCAGAAGGAGAAGGUCCAGAUCACGGUCAAGACACAGGCGAACUAGGAGCAGAUCAAAGCGACGGUCAAACUCCAGAAACAGGAGACGCUCCAAAAGUCCGCGCAGGAAACGCACCCACUCCAGAGACCGAAGCAGGCGAUCUCGAAGCAGAUCCAGAGACAGAAAGAAAGAUGAUUCGGGGAGAAGAAAAUCCAAAACGCCACCGAAAAGCUACAGCACAGCAAGGAGGUCGCGCAGCGGGAGCCGGAGACGCAAGAGAAGUCGAAGCGGCAGCCGAUCCCCUAAAAAAUCUCCUAGAAGAAAGAUUUCCAAGUCUCCAUCUCCUCGAAGACACAAGAAGGAAAAGAAAAAGGAUAAGGUAAGGGACUGGGACCGCAAGAGUGAAAAAGAGCGCAGUCGCGAGGAACAUGAACGCUCCACCAGCAAGAAAAAGAAAAGUAAAGACAAAGAACGAGAGCGAGAGAGGAAGUCAGAUGGUGAGAAAGGAGAUGUCAAGAUCACCAGGGAUUAUGAUGAAGAGGAACAAGGCUAUGACAGCGAGAAGGAGCGAGAGGACAGGAAGGAUUCUGAUGACUCUGCUUUGUCUCCCCAGUCUGUGGAAGGUAACGGCACUGCAAGGUCUGUGAAGCAGGCCAAAGUUAACGGAGCUGACGAUCACCACGAAGAGGACAUGGAUGUCAGCGAUUAAGUCCUCCGUCCUGCUUUGUUCCACAUUAUCCCUCCGUUUUGGCUGUGAGUUUUUUUUUCCUCCCACUGGGGUAAAUCCAAAAUGUGAAGUGAAUUAUAUAGAUUUUCUGCACAGAAGUGGUUUACUCUUUGCAAAUAUACAAUGCAGAAUUGUCAGUUUUGCCCAAAGACAUUGUCACAUUGCUUUAAAGUACCCCCUGUGCCCUCUACAAAUGUAAUCGGUUUAAAACUGGAAGUAGGCUUGUUUUGCUUUUCUUGAGCUUGUGUUGUCAGGUUUUGUUACUUCCUCACAUAUUGAAUCUUUACGUUUGUUUAGCGUUGUGGUGUGUUGCUCAGGCAUCUUCCCCACCUUCUUGAAACUGUUAGUUUGUUUUAUCAAGGAUUUCUUUUAUAAUAAAGCCUAUUUGGAGAACAAA